AUGGCCAAUAAGAAUUACAAAAUGGACUAUAAAGAAAAGGGUCUCAUGUUCCUUUUUAACAUGAGAAAAGGCAGGAGGGGAACAGAUGUCGACGUUCAAAAUAUUCAACACGUGUUCACGGAAAUAGGAUAUGAGAUCGAAACCCAUUCGGAUUUGACAGCUGAGGACCUUAAAAACAAGCUAGAGACGUUUGCAGAUUCUCCUAACCAUGAAGGCAUGUGCUCUGCUGUGUUCGUGAUCAUGGGACUCGGCUCCACGACAGGCAUUGAGUGUACUGAUGGACUGGUUACUUAUACGUUUAUCAUGAAUAAGGUUUCUAGGAUGAAGUUCAUGAAGGGAAAACCGAAGAUGAUUUUCUUCCAGAGUAGCCGUGGAAAAGCAAAGGUAGAAACUGAAGCUGACAUCGAAAAAGAAAAAACAGACACAUCCGACCUUCUCGUUGUCCAUUCUACAACAUGGGCACAUCGGUUCCCUGGAAUGAGCGACCUGGCAACACUUAUUGCACCUCUUUCGAGCAAUGUCAUGGCACUAGGAUGUGAAUCUUCAAUGUUUACCAGGAAUACAUCAAGGAUAUCUAUGGUCGUCACAUUUGAAGGCACCUCCCAUGUUACUGAGACAAAUCCGGCCGAACCUGGAAGCUCUUGA